GUUUAUUAUCACCAAUCAUCUAUUGUUCUCCCUUAUAUAUUAUUGAGACCAUUGAGCUGUUGUGUAACAGUUCCUAAUAUUUAGGGAAUAUAAUAUUAUUAAAGUUUGUAACAGUUCCUUAUAUUAUAACAAUUGUAACAGUUCUUUAUAUUUAGGUGAUAUGUUAAUUGUGUAGGUGUGAGAAGACCGCUGGGCUAGUUUGUAAUAGGAAUAGAUCAUAAUGUGUAUAUAUACUGAUGGAUAUAUGUAAGAGAAGAGAGAUAUACGGGUUAUGAGAAAUAUAAGGUUUCAGUGAUAAAAUUUAUCAUGGUAUCAGGAGCGAGAAACGAUCGGAGGGAAUACUAAACAAUUUUUUUUUUUUUUACAGAUCCGGCACCAUAAGAGAUUAUGGCUGAGAAGAUUGGUGACAACAGUGGUAAAGGCGAGAAGUAAGUCGACUUGAAUUUUUUUCUGGGUUCGAGUGACAAUCCCAGCAACGUGAUUACACCGAUCCAAUUACGCGGUUCCAAUUAUGAUGAAUGGGCAAGGGCCAUUCAAACCUCGUUACAAGCAAAGAGAAAAUAUAGUUUUGUGGAAGGGAAAGUAGCAAAACCAACAACACCUGAGAAACUGGAAGACUGGACCGUAGUCCAUUCGAUGCUCGUCGCAUGGUUACUCAACACGAUUGAGCCCUCACUGUGUUCUACUCUUUCUUAUUACAAUGAUGCGCAAUCCUUGUGGACUCAUCUCAAGCAGCGUUUCUGUGUUGUGAAUGGGACUCGUAUAUGUCAAUUAAAGGGAUCUCUGGGAGAAUGCAAGCAAGGCAAGGAUGAAGAGGUCUCGGUCUACUUUGGCCGUCUAUCUCGUAUCUGGGAUGAACUUGUGACUUAUAUCAAAAAGCCAACGUGCACAUGUGGAGGAUGUACGUGUGAUAUCAACAAACAAGUGACUGAUUUGCUUGCCGAAGACUACCUACAUCAUUUUCUUAUCAGUCUAGAUGGAGCUUAUACAACGAUUCGCUCCAAUUUGCUUUCUCAAGAUCCACUACCCAACAUCGAUCAAUCAUACCAAUGAAUUAUACAAGAUGAACGGCUGCUGUGCGGAGAUUCUUCCACUCAUCAAAACCGUGACAAUAUCAUGGCUUUUCAAGUUACACCCGAUGCGCGAGGUAAAUCUAAAAUUGCAGAUAAUUAUGACAAAUUCUGUACUCACUGCAACAGAGAAGGCCACGACGACAACUCUUGUUUUCAGCUUCAUGGGUUCCUUGAGUGGUGGGGAGAUCGUCCUCGGGGUGGAUGUGGACCGGGUCGUGGCGGCGCAACAGCAGGAAGAGGGGCAGGUUGUUCUGGUGGGCGUGGCAGGGGCACCCACAACGCACUUGUGCGCGCGAAUAAAGCAGUAGCGGGUACCAGUAGCAGCGGUGCUAAGGGUGGGCAAUAUCAUGCUCCACCAAACUCGAUUGAGGCAGCAGGUAUCUCAGGCCUUACUCCGGGACAGUGGCAACAAAUUCUUGAUGCUUUAACCGUUUCCAAAACCAAGGAUCGUCUUCAUGGACUGGACGACGAGGAAGUUGAUUGGAGCGGGUGAACGGACUGAUGGACUACUUUUUCCGGGGUGUUCCGAAGCUGCGUGCAUUGGCGGUGGAAGGGGUUUCGUCAAUGGAUUUGUGGCAUAAACGCUUGGGCCAUCCGUCGGACAAGGUGUUAAAGUUCCUCCCUAUAGUAAGUUCAUUUGGUAGAAGCACAAAUAAAAGAACAUGUGAUGUUUGUCCACGUGCUAAGCAGCAUAGGAAUAGCUUUCCUUUAAGUGAGAAUACUACAAGUAGUUUGUUUGAAUUGGUUCAUUGUGAUUUGUGGGGAUCUUAUCGAACUCCUUCCUCAUGUGGGGCACAAUAUUACUUGACAAUUGUUGAUGAUUAUUCACGUGCAGUUUGGGUUUAUCUAUUAUGCAAUAAAACAGAGAUUGAGACUAUGUUUAUGAAUUUUGUGGCAUUUGUUGAUAGACAAUUUGAUAAGAAAAUAAAGAGAGUUCGCAGUGAC